AUGGACUCCAGACGAGGCUCAAUAGCAAUCCCAUCGGGGUACAAACGCAGGAAGUCGUCUGCCGCCAACGCACGCUAUGCCCGACAGGCUUCUUUGUCGUUGCAGCUUGAGCAGGGCCGACUAGCUGAGCGGUAUCCGCGUAUGACUGACGCCUCCUCGCCAACGCUGUUUGACAACUACGUGAUAGGGCAGAAAAUCGAGGGCGGUCCUCCUUUGAAAAGAGCAACGACCGAUCUUGGCCCUCUGGAAGAGCACCACUCUGAGCAUCGUCCUCAAAAGGUCAAUUUGGGAAGCAAUCAUCCAGGUGACCGAUGGAGCGCAAGACGUGCAACGGAGUCGCAAAACAUCGUCCGCGUGCCAGGAGCAUUUGAAAAGCCUUUUGAGGAGCCCGACCUUGACAUGUUGAAGCCGGAUCCAGAGCGACAACAUUCCACCAAAGCGACAAAGCUUCUGGGGGGUCGCGAUGCAGAGCUCGCUCAGAUCGAGCUACAGCGAGUCGUGUCAGAAGCCAAGCAAAGUCAGAACGUCUUCACCAGGAUAUAUCGACAACUUCUGGGCAAGGACGUGCUUCGUUAUGGAGUUGCGAAUGGACUAGGCUUUGCUGCAACUCUCCCGACUGCUCACGCAAGUGCAGUGCUACACCACGUCAAUGGUCCGCCCGAAGAGUCUAGCCGAUUGUAUGUGCUUGAAUACAGAUACGAAAAUCAGGUUCUGGCUAGUUCAACACUCAAGCCGUUCGAUCGAGCAGGAAGUCUGAAAGCGUAUCUGAAUACCACGAAGGCUGCGUGCGACCUUCGAGUCAUGUACUCCUGCAACAACGAAGAGGCCGUCAACAUACGGGCCGCUGGCAAGGCUGUCAAGUGGCGGCCCUCGUAUGACGCAGGUAGAAACCUCAUCUGCAGCGCGUUCGGGCUGGAUUUCGGCAAAAUACUCGCCGUGGCUCCUUCAGCACAGAACAAGCGCAGGCCAGCGGCCGGAGUCCAGCUCACCGAAAGCAGCCAUCGUCAACGAGUGGCUGUGUAUAUGCAGAGAACGGCCACAACAGUCACUGCAGCAGGCGCGCGAGCAUUUCGUUUGGCACCCACAGCAGCAGCUAAUGACUCUCUGCCGGCCUUUGCAUCAUGUCCCACGAUACUCAUAGCAAGGUAUUCCGGCACAAACACCAAUGACGUGCUGAGCAUGGCAGCUGCUCUAUUGUCACUGGACAACAUCAGCGCUCCGGAUCUGUCCACCGCAAUCAUCAAAGUGACUCAGGAUAUCGUGCUGCAAAUCACCGAAGGCAUCCAACGCCUAUGGCAUCAACAGGUUCACCUCCUCCACGAACCUCAUGCCGAAUUAGAGGACCACAUCUUCUCCCAGCCCUCAGAUCCUAGCCGUGCUCGCGAGAUUUGGGCGAUGUCUCAACGCUUGCACGAGAUCCUGAAACUCCUCAACCGCCACACUAGCCUGAUCGAGGAUGUGCAGGAUGACUUCCGAACCUUCGCAGAGCGCUUCGACUCCGAAGAUGAUGACGACGAGUGGCUGGACCCGACCCUCGCUACCCUCACCGACCUUUCCGAAGCGAUCGACGUUGACUACGUCCAGCCGAUGGAUCGCAUGAUGGACUUGAUGUACAAAUCCGUGACGAUCCGAGACUCCCGCCAGUCGCUGGAGUUAAAUGCUUCGCUAUGGCGAUUGAGCUGGAUCACGUUCAUCUUCCUACCUCUAACGGCACUGAGCGGGUUCUUCGGGAUGAAUGUCGAUACGUUCAACAAAGGAGAUCCUAGUAUCAAGUGGUAUUUUGUUGCCGCUGCACCGUUGUUGGUCCUGGUGGUGGCGUUCUGGUUCAGUGUGAGGACGUUCGCCCCGGCCAGUAAGAGGGCGGACAUGGCGAUGGAGAUUGCGGCUGAGCAAAGUGAGAGGGUAGACGACGGCGCCGACGGUGCUUGGUCGAGCUUUGGCAGCUGGCGGUCGAAGGGAAGCAUGCGUGGAGCAGACAGCGAAGGGGGUAGUUGA